CAUGUGACUCCAUGGCGGGGCUGAGAUACACCUGUGAGCCAUGAUACGGGUGGUUAACAUAGGAUUCUUGGUGAUAGUUAGCUUCUUUCUUUUAGCAGUAAUUGCACUUUUUCUUUACUACACAUAAAAGAGACCAUGGAAUCCAAAAAAUGUGUUAUCCUCCUUAUUGUGCGAAUGAUCUAAUUGAAGAUGAAAUAUAAAAUUUGAGAGUAGGGUUUAUUUAGAGAAAGUCAGGGUAGUCAAAAUAUUAGGAGGUGCUGAUUUAGCUCAGGUGGUAGAAUUGACAGAGGCUGCACUGAUCACAGCAGUCUCAUCCACCGCUCUCAAACAUUCUGUCUCUCUUGAAAUGUUGUGUCAGAUAAAGGAAAAUGCCCCAAAAAUAACCUGAGAGAUGACUAAAUUAAAGCUCAACUGUCAGUAAAAGUGACAGGCACAAAAUAAAAGUGUUUUUAUUUAUUUAUUUAUUCCUUUGGUGAAAACUGUCAGAAUGGUCAGAGUAGAAGGGAAAUGUCAGGAUGAAAGUUAAGUUUGAAAAAUCCUUCUUCUUCUGUUUAAAUGACAGUCCCUCUGUGAAGGACUUUUAUUACAUCUGACUUUUAAUUACAGAUAAAACUGUUGGCAUCUGAGCAUGUCAUACUUCUACUGAUGCACAUCAGCCAAAGUAAACAAACUGGUUUCCUGCUCGGUCAUUUCUCAACUUUUCUGUGUCACUUGUGGGUGUGACCCCUAUUUGAUAACAGCCUUAAACUUAUUGGUGAGUUAACAAAGUUAACACAAUGUUUGUGUAAAGAAUUACUGAUGAUAGACAUUUUUGAUGAUUAAAGCUUGACAAAUUAUGCAUCAUAAGAGCCUCUUGUCCUUGAGGGCAAUCAUCAUUUCACAACAGGAGGGGUGAGCUAGGAAAUCAGUCAAUCUAGAAUCUGACAGCUACAUGUCCUAACAUAUUCUCAUUUUAUGGACAUUUCUGUGCCUUUUAAACUUACCUAUAAGAUAUACUGAACAUUUUAAAUAUACUUGCAACUAAAAAUGAAAGUUUGACUUUUUCCUCUCAGUUCCAGAUAAAUUCAAACCAGCAGGUCAAGUUUUGAAUAGUUUUAAAAUCAAGUGAACAAUGAGGCAAACAGCCUCAGCAAAACAGGAUAACUAAAGCUCCUGUGAGGAGUUUGUAACAGAUUAUAAAACUGACUCAAAAUCAGGAGUGAAGACUCCAUAUGUGAUCUACUUAAGAGACCAGCAGCUGGUCACACAUUUCUUGGAGCAAAAAACUGCAUCUGCAAACAGAUAGGUGUCAGAUAAAGAGUAAGCAUGUUGCUGCAAGUUGUGGCUUCUGCACACCAGGUGUGGGAUUUAACCACUGGGUCCCCAGGAUGAGAAUUUCAGAAUAUAUUUUACUACUUUAAAUCAAAUAUGACUUUCAAGUUUUGGAAGUCAGUGCUAGAUGUGGGAAAAGUGUGAUGUUACUGCAGGCUGCUCUGUUCUUAUUUUUUCCUGCAAAUGAUACCAGAGGGACUCAAAUCACAGCGUCUCUUAUCAGCCAAUGAGUUUAAAAGACUAUAAUAAACAUAAAACUGACCAAACAGAAACAUCCUACUCUGUGUUUUGCUGCUGGGGAUUUUUUUAAGGUCCUUUCCAAACUUUAGAGGUCAGAUUUGAGGCCCAUGUUUAGAAAUGUCAUUUAAGAUACAUAAACACGACAAAGUGGUAUGGCAACAGUGGAGGAGGGUUCAAUGAGGUCCUUAAAGAGACAGUAGCUGAAAUUCACUCGCUUAAGAUCAAGAUUUUUUUUUUUUUAACUGUGAAUCGGAUACAGCUUCUGUAUGGAUAUCAGGACAAUAUAAAACCCAAAACGAGUAUAACAAACCCUUAAAAAACAAACAAACACAACUACAGCAUGGUUUAUUACAGGUGUGUGAUAAAUACGGUCCAAUAUAUUACUCUAAAUGAAGUUUUAACUGUAUGUGGAAUGGCAGGAUAAAGUCUGUGACCAGUAAACAAUCAAAACAUGCAUUAGAGUCCAUAGUUUUCUAAUUGAAGCUGUUAAAAACACCUGCACGGUAGAAACAUUAUCUACAGUAGAAGUCCGUUUUACCCACCAUGAUCGAGGAAACGGCUGUUGUCGCACUCAGUGGGCACCGUUUGUACCGUGGGCUCGGUGGUCUACAUCCUUUAGAGUUCAAAUAAAACAAAACAUGUGACAACAGAGAAAAAUGAGAGAGUUUAUACGGUUAGCUGGUAGUUAGACUUCACAAAAUAAAGAUAACUUGGCUGGUUCCUUUCUCAAGCCGGUGGUUUCCGUGGCAACAGUCCGUCUUUCAAACUAUUCCCCUGGUGUGAGAAAGGUUCCUGGCCUCCUACGGACUACUCGACUGACUUGAAAAAUUAAUCCAUGACGAUGUUAUUUUUAAAGCUCAUCCAAAAGCUUUUUAUGUAGUUAUAAAAGUUAUUGAAACUACCAUAAAUGCCUUAUUAUGACCCCAAAAAGCAAUAAAACCAUGAACUUUUAGACUGACUAUUGCUAACGGUCAGAUAACAUGAUUUAUGGUAGGCUACUUAAAUGAAAACAGCUUUAUUGCACGCCCCCUCUUACCUCUCUCUACCCUCUAUAUGUAUAUGCAAGUGCAAUGGCUCUUGGCUUUCAUCAGUUUGAGGCUUUCCUUGUGAGAGUUAUCAUUUGUGUGACCAUGUUUGCUGAGAUUUUUUCAGCACAGUAUGUGUACAGUCAGCAGGGGUUAAUUAACUUUGGUUUACAAGCCAGUGAGGAAAUUACAACGUAAUUCUAAUUGAACUUACAACAUCCUAAAGGGGGGACACAGCAAGACCACACCCCUGCGAUCUCCACGGAUUGGUUUUGGCUCAUAGUGGAGAGAGGAAGUAGAAGUGAGGCUGCCAAGUGGGCCUACUAACCAGGCUGAGAAAACUCAAACCACCACUCCAGAGUAUAUUCCUCUCAAGUGCUAAAUUUACAAAAUGGACGAUCUGGGAUUACUCAUUGCUGCCAACAGCCCUGCCCAGGACUGUUGGGUGAUAAUAAUUAUGGAGACCUGGCUUCACACAGCUGGCAUGGCCUGCCACACAAUGUACCACCAAGAUCUCAAAACACUUUUUAGUCAGAACUCCGGUCUCCUCCUUCCUGUUGGUGUUUACAACUACUGAUAAUGGUAAUUAAAAAGCACCACUCAAGUUUACUGCAAGGAAAGCAUUUAUUUGUUUGCUGUAAUGGAAAGCUCAUGCACUGGCUUUGAACUCAGAUUCCAUGCUCUGAUAUGCCUUCUCCAAGUCUGGGGAUGCUUGCUUUGUAGAUGUUUUCAUAUCAUCUUUCUACGAUAGUUCAACAUCAAAGCUCAAAUUAUACUAUGAGGAAAACAUUUUUUUCCACACUCUAAGGCAAAAUUUUGCAGGGUACUGGCUUUUCAUUUGAGUGUUUUUAUUUCACAUUGUGGUUAUUCAAAAUAGAGACGUGACAUUUGUGAACGAGUCAGUCGUUUAAACAGCUCUUUUAAGUGUGAACGACGAGAACCAGUUCACAGUGGCGAGCCGUUCGUUUGUGAGCCAUUUUCAUAUGCAAAUUUCCCACACUGCCAUCGUGUGUUACGUGACAUAUACACCAUGCAGGUAGGGUAGUACAAUUUAGCAAUCACAUUUUUAUCAUGUCUUAAUUUUAAUCAUUAAUCUGUAGCCUGCGCAGAAAAAUUCAAAAUAGUGAUCUCACUGUCAAAGCAUGGGAUAUGGAACCACCUUAUGGAAUACUCACAAUGAAAACACAAGCUAAAUGAAAUUAUUACCAAUAUUUCAGAAUAAUUUUCAUUAUUAGUGUAUAUAUUGGUGGGUUGUAUACCCCUGGUUGACUUCUAAAAAUAAAAUAAAUAUAACAACGAGCCAUUCUUUUGAACGGCUUUUUCAAAGGAACAGCUCCUCAAGAUCAAGCUCCCUCAAAAGAGCCAUAAAUCCCAUCUCUAAUUCAAAAGCAUAGUCAUGUGUCUUUGUUAAUUUAAAGCUCUGGGGCAUUGUAAAACACCAUGUGUCACUGCAUGAGGAACUGAAGCUGAGCUUUUUCAACUGAUAGAGGAACACAGUAAUCCUGUGCAGUAAUCUAAUGGGAAAAAAACAUCAUCAUGGGCCAGGUAAUAACUUCUUUUCCACUAGAAAGUUAUUAUUGGCAUGAAAUAGUUAUUUUGUGAGCACUAAGCAGUCAUCUUUCAGGAUCAAGUCAUUAUCUUGUAAGGCUGAGAUAACUAUUUCAACAAUAAAAUCAUGUUGUGUGCACUGAAUUUUGGCUAAAAAUAGUCACACAAGAUUUCUUGUCCCUAAGUGCACAAGAUAAAUAGUUUCACAUUUUGAAACCUAGGGGCCCUGUUUGAUUAAUGAAAGAAUCGAGGCUAAUUCUCAUAGGUUGGUUGCUUAAGCUACAAGAAUGAAAGAGCUACCCCUUAAACUCAAGACCACAGCCUUUUUCCUACUGAAAGCAUGACUAUUGUAAAAUGUAGGCUACUGAAUGUACUGAUUGGAACAAGUGAGUACAAAAGUAAAACAACUGGCCCUAGUCUUUCCCUAGAACAGGUCAGUUUCUUAAAGUCUAAAUAUGUAUGUUGCUUGUUAAAACAACUAUCUCUAACCUUUUAGGUCCCGAAUUUCCAGUGUUUUAAACAAAACUGUUUUAGGCCUACCCUGAAAAUAAUUGUAGGGGAGAGUGGGGUAAGAUGAGCUAUUUUUUGAUCACCACAUCAAGGCAAUCAUAGUUUUGUCUCUAACUAGUUUAUCUGCAUAUAUUUCACCCCUGCAAACCAACAGAAUGAGUGUAAACAUAACUGUCUUGGUAAUAUAGCAUGCCAAAAAAAGUGGUCUCCUAUGGUCAACUUACCCCGUGUAUGGGGUAAGUUGACCAUAGGAGCAGGGUUAGAUGAGUGGUAUCCCUUCAACCCCUCCAUUCUCCAUCCCAGCCCUCCCUCACCUUCUCUCUCCCUCAAUAACAGUCACUUCUUUACAUUCAUGUGUACUUCUUUUUAUUAUUUUAUUACUGCUAAAAAGCUGUUUUGUAAAAAGUCACUUUAACAUGAGAAUGUCUUCAAGUGAUUCAGAACAUUCACAGCUGUAUUUUUGAAAAGAAAAAGUAACACAUUUCAACAAUCUGAACUGAGACUCUGAUCCUCUCAUCAGACUCCUUUACUUUCUCAGUUGAGCCAGUGACUCAACUUACCCCUGAACUACUAUUAUGAUCGUAUUAGUCCUCUAAACUAAAAUGGUGGACUUUUUUUGCUGUGUUUUUGACCUCAUGUUAUAACUCAUAGAUACCACAAUUGAUGUUGAAAACAAAUUUUAAAUGAUCUUUUUUGAUCUGAACACAAUUUUAAUAAAACUUAUGACAGACUAAAUUCACUUUCAAGAGUAGAAAAUGUUCACUUCACCCAUGUGCUUCUAACCUUCACAGACUCCAUAAAUUGAUGCCCAUCUCUUAAAUAUUUGGUCACAUGUUCAAUUUCUCAUACCAUUUCCAAGCAACAGGGGGUGGCUCAACUUACCCCACUCUCCCCUUCUAAAGUGAGACAACAAGCCCCAGUCUUCCCCUAAAACAUUUUAAUUUAAUAAAGUCUGAAAUAUGUAUGUUGCUUGUUAAAACAACUAUCCCUUACCUUUUAAGCCCCUAAUUUCACUUUGUCCAGUGUCUUAGAUGAAACUGUUUUAGGUCUACUCUAUAAAUAAUUGUACUGUGAGAUCUUAACUCUGUAUAUUUUGCAGUUGCUCAGCACUUUGCUUUUCUCUAGAAAAUUUUGUAAGCGGUUACGCAGAACUGAGUUUGAUUGCCUCAUAAUCUAACAGGAUGGAGGUGGCAGCUGAACUGUAAUAAGUUUGACUGAGGAGGAGGGGCGUGGACUCUGGUGAGCGCGCCGCCGUUUGAUAAAGACAGGACGAAAGCGCGCACACGCGUUUUCUGUAGAAGCGCUUCAGAGGAGGGAGACAUCAUCUCAGCAGGUAAGGUGAGUUUGUUUCAUAUUUUCUUUUCUUCAAAUAGCUGUCGGUUUCUGUGUGACUCACUUCAGGUAAUAAUCCCCUUGGUUUUUAACCUGUUGUAGCCCACAGGCUCGAGUAACAGGUGUGCUGGGUGAAGAUGAAUUAAGAGUGUAUUUAAUGACAGCAUCAGAAAAGGGUUAGGGCGGAUUAUCCUCUGGGUAGUGUUGGUUCUUGUCAAAUGUUAGUAAGGCUCAGUCUUGAUCAGGAUUGGGUGUGCGUGGAUUCACAUUAGAUACCCACGCCAUGCUUCUCACGUAGACAACCCGGUCUAGAGGCUGUAUUCCGCGUCUGCCUGUCUCGUUCCAUUUGUAUGGGCUCAGAAUGCGUGAAAAACUUCAUUAAGUUGUUUGAAAUCAUAACAGACAGUGAGUCGCUCACAGUGGCUCCAGCCCUGAGAUGUUUCCUGAUGCGUGUUAAUUUCCUAUGAAAAGCGAAGGGCAUCCGGGUGAAUAUGUAAAGUGGUGUGCGCCCUCAUAAAAAGUACAAAAUAGCUCUACAGGUCUUUUCCCAUCCAUUAAACCUAUUAGGAAGACAAACUGAGAGCAGGAGUUAUGGGAACAGAUGCUUUUGAAGUCAGGGGUCUGAGCGCUCCGUCGUUUCCUUCUCCUGUGGGUGCUGAUGAUGAUGAUGAUGAUGAAGCCUGAACAUGAUGAAACAAGCGCUCUCUCCAAGUUUGUACGCUCAUUGUUGGACUGGAUGUGACGCAGAGGGAGUCACUGUGCCUACGUGCGCGGGGCUGCAUCCACGAGACUGCUGCUGGUGAUGUCAGGACUGGACCUCCUCUUUAAUCAAGUCUGCGCAUCAUGGUAACCAUAGGGGGACCUAUACACUAUAAUCUCUAUGAGCGUGGAUAAAUCAGGAGAGAAACGGGACGGGAUUAAGGCUUUGAUGAUGAAAGAUCGACCGUGAAAUAAGCGACCAAAGUGGUAAAUUGUUGGAAUGUGGUGACCAGGCACGUGUUUUUGUGAUGGCAGAUCGAUUACAGUAAAAUACAAUACUGAAUAUUCCGUAUAGUGUUGAUCAUCACAGUGGUGUACAUCUAGGAAAGGCAAAGGGAGACCCUUGUAUGUUACAAAGGUUAGAUGACUGCGACAAAACAGAGCAGAUGUAAGAGGAAAUCCUUUCAUUCUUGGAGAUGAUGUUUAGGCUUCUGUUGAUUUAAAAUCCACAAGUGUGGCUCUUAUUGGGAAUAUUACCAGAGAGUGUUGAGUUAGCAAACCAUAAACUGUAAAGCUUUGGUUACAGGAUUCAAGAUAACUUUGCACUGUAAAUCCUCCAGUAGGGGAGGGUGGGGUAAGAUGAGCCACUUUUCAUAUUUCGGAUCACUGAAUCAAGGCAAUCGUAGUUUUGUCUCUAACUAGUGUUUCUGUAUAUAUUUCAAAAUGUUGUGCAUCCCUGCAAACCAACAGAAUGAGUGUAAACAUAACUGUCUUGAUAAUAUAGCAUGCCAAAAAAGUGGUCGGGGUAAGUUGAGCCGUAUCUCUACUACGCCCCCACUCUCCACCCCAGCCCUCCCUCACCUUCUCUCUCCCUAAAUAAAAGUCACUUCUUUACAUUCAUGUGUAUUUUUAUAUUCUGAUCCUCUCAUCAGACUUCUUUACCCUAGAACUACUAUUCUGAAUGUAUUAGUCCUCUAAACUAAAAUGGUGGACUUUCAUGCUAGGUUUUUGACCUCAUGGUGUAGCUCAUAGAUACCACAAUUGAUGUAUAAAACAAAUUUAAAAUGAUCUUUUUUUGGUCUGAAUACAAUUCUUAUGACAGACUAAAUUCACUUUUAAGAGUGAAAAUGUUUUAUUUUUUUGGAAAUAAAUGUCUAACCUCUUUACCAACGUGCUUCUAACCUUCACAAACCCCAUGAAUUGAUGCCCAUCUCCUAAAUAUUUGGUCACAUGAUCAAUUAUUUUUACCAUUUCCGAGCAACAGGGGGUGACUCAUCUUACCCUUUGGCUCAACUUACCACACUCUUCCCUACCCUUGUAUACAACAAAGGUUAGAUGACUGCGACAAAACAGAGCAGAUGCAAGAGGAAAUCCUUUCAUUCUUGGAUAUGAAGUUUAGGCUUCCGCUGAUUUAAAAUCCAUAAGUGUGCCUCUUACUGGGAAUAUUACCAGAGUUAUUUAAUCAGUAGCUUACAGAGUGGCUGGGAGGGAGGAUUUACUUAACCCUAGAACACUAUUGCUAAAAUUAGUAACACCAUCACUAUCGCCGGGUGAUUUUGACCCGAAAUAAUAUACCCAAGAAAAAGUACUCACAAUAUAUCAAAAUAGGAUAAUACAUGACAAUUUAAAGUAGUUUCUUGUGUUUGUAACUGUGCAAUGUCUAGAGGGAGAAAAAAGUGCCAUGUGUAGAAUGAGAGGACCAUAUAAAAAAAUGCAACAAAAUAACUGAAAUUAGGCAUUCAUUAACAAAAAAAUCCUAAAAAAAUAUGUAUAGAAACUGUAAACCUUAUUUAUUUUUCACCCAUUCCUGGGGCAUGUGAGUCUUCCCUGGUGAAGAAUCAGAGUCCUUGGCACAAUAACAGCUGCAGGAGAGAGAACCAAAAUAUGGCAUAUUUUGAGUGAGUAAAAAUGACCAGCUGGCUAAAAUAUUUCUUAUCACCAUGGGAAUUCCCUUGAAAUCACUACUGUGUGAUAGUUAUUCAUAACCACUGCGCAAAAUAAAGAUAGCAUGCGAAUUCCAAGACCACUCUUACGGACCUUAUUCCCAACAUGCAGCUAUCUAAUCCACCCAAACCUACUUUACCCUCUAUCACUAUUGCAGGGUGAAAAUCACUCAGGCACCCAUGAUACUCAGACAAACACAACAUAAUGAAAAUCACGUAAACAUGUUUGGUUGGGUGAAAAUCACCCAGCGAUAGUGUUCUAGGAUUAAUGGUUAUGAAGUAUAGGCUUCCUUUGAUUGAAAAUCCAUAAGUGUGUCUUUUUUUGGGAAUAUUACCAGAGUGUGUUAAAUUAGAAAAAUAUAAACUAUGGUUCUGUUGAGCUUUGGUUACAGGAUGCAGGAUACACUGUAAAUCCUCCAGUAUGUCCACUUCAAGGGAGUGGUUUGAGUUAUGAACCAAUAACUUAAAGAGUGGCUGGGAGGGAGGAUUUACUUAAUGAACUGUUUGGUAUGUUAUGUCUGGCUUCUGUGUAAUUUUAGUGCCAGACUGUCUUUGGGUUUUAUGUUGUGGAGACUUAGAGAUACUGAAUAUAAUCAGAAGAGUAGAAACUUACUUGUUUCUAUUGUGUAUGAAGAUAGAGAGCAAAUCACUCACUAAAGUAGUGCUGCCUAGUAUCAGAACUAACCAAAAUAUUGUUGUAGAAAUUGUGUUUUCUGUCUGUUUUGCUAAUAGCAGUACUCUAUCAUUGUGAAGUGGGGUUACAGACAAGAGUAUAUAGAUUUUUAAUUGAUGUAAUCUAUCAUGAAGAACAUGUUUCCAAUACUAAACCGCCUCUACAACCCCUCAUCUCUCCUCAUCAUCCAAAUGAUCACAUCUUUCAAAAUGAUGUGGCACGACAGACGGUAUUUUACAGAGGAUGCUAUACAGACUCUGAUCAAGGUGUACAAUUUUAGUUGCUGCUUACUCUUUAACACCUAAGGUAUUGUGAAUAAAGCAAAGCAGCUUUAGUUUGUGUCAGAUGCAAUGGAGAUAGCUUUGUUUAGAGCUUAUCCAACACCUCCGUUUACUGCACAAUUGUGGACGAACCAUAAGAAUAAGGCGAUAAUGUCAUUAUUGAAUUGAAUAUGAUUGAAGAGACCUGAGUGCUGCAGUGCAAGUAAAAUGUUUGUAACAGCUAGAGUCGGUUAUCUAGAAGCUAUCUUGAGAAAUCUAGGACAUAAUUUCAUUAGCUGACUGAAUGCUCAUGAGAAUAAGAUCAUCUUGGUCCUGUCUAAUAUCAGAUACACAACUGUAUAAUACAAGUAACAGCUAUGGAGAAAUUGGGGCAACAGCUCCUUUUUUAAGGUUGUGUUUUAAUUGUUAUUUCUUUAUAGUAUUUAAAUUAUAGACUCUAAUUCAGCCUUAGUAGAUUUAUUGUGUUUUCUAUAUAUAAUGUGCUGUAAUUCUAUGCAUUUUGUAGUCUUUUAAAUGGGCCUUGAGUCCAUAAUAAAGUAAAGAUACAAUUGAGUACAACUCAAAUGAUUAACAAGCAAAAUUUAAAGGCACUUAAAGCUCAUAUAUGGAGUUUUUUUUUAAAGAUGGUUGUAAAACAGAUUAAAAUUAAUUUUAAAAAAGACACGACUAUCAACAUCAAGACUGAUAUUUCACCCAUUGCUAUUUUCUGUGCCUGUAAAUGCUGCUGAGUAGGUGACAGAUGAACAGUAAAAAGCAACCUGCACUGAUUAAAAUACACAUGGGAAAAACCUGCAGUUCAUCAAGCGUCCACUGGAGGCUGCUGCAAAAGCCAAGGAGUUCCCAUUGGUCCCCACAUUCAAACGUUGGUUUUUACAGCAGAAAUAGACAUUUUUUGUAGAAACAAUGGUUUUUGCGAUUUCACCGAGUGACAAGCUGACUCAGCACAGAGUGGCGCUUUUUGGUGCAGAAAACCUUGAUCUUGCUUGCCUGUACAUAGCCCACAGUACCCUUCCUUCACAUUUGAUGUGUAGAGGAGUAUCUGCAUUAACAAUGUAAUAGUGUGACAUGACUGGAACACUUUCUUCCUAACAGUGCCAGCCAGUUCCCUCUAAGCCCCCUUUUCAUCAGUGAUCCCCAGGAAAGUCUGUACUUUCAAAGUCAUCCAGGAGGGCAGCGCUUUGAGCUGUCAUUCUAAAACAUUAAAUCUGUGUUGUGUUUUGCGUUUGUCCGUCAUUACCGCUAUUGUACAGGAAGAUGGGGAAUUUUUAUAAUCAACAAACAGUAGUUGACAUUUUGAAAAGGGUCAGUCACUCAUAGGGCUGGACGAUAAAUUGAAAAAUUUCAUCAAUAUAUUCGGUGUCAAAAAAAUAAAUAAAAGUUGGUUUUGGAUGUGUGUAGGUAGGCGAUGGUCUCAUGUCCCUUUAAGAUGCUGUCCUACAUCAGAGACGUGACUCCACUCCAUCCAGUCUGUAACAAAGAGGGAAAGACAGGUGAGGAGAUGGAGGACGGUUCAAAAGUUGUAGCAAGUGGAGCGGUGGUUAAAGUAGACAAAGUUAAUGUGGGAGGGGGUGAGCAGCUUGUGGAGUAGUUAUCGCCCAUUUAUCGUUAUCAAGGUGAACUGCUCAAUAUAUCGUGAUGUUGAUUCGAGGCCGUAUCGCCCAGCCCUAGUCACUCAUGUUGGUAACUUUCCCAUCUUUUAAUAGGGGAAACGCAAAUAAUUGUGCUGAACUAAACUGAAUCAGACUACUUGGUAGAAAUGCAGCGUUAGAUGAGGAUAUGACAGCUAAGUUGAUAAACAAAUGAGUGUUUGCUUGGAGGCUAAAAGUCCAUCUCAACUCCACCUCUUUGCAGGUGUCUAAACCAAUCAAAAGUUUGGCUGAGUCAGCAUACAUAGACCGUCUACAAUAUAAGAAACAUGAAACCUGCUAUAUGAAAUUAUUGAUGAUGAGAUAAUGUGUAUGGCAUUUAAAGACUUCACUUCGGGAGGUUCUUAAUAUGGAAUAUUGUGUAUUAUGAUGUGUGCACAGCAAGGCAAGCUGAGUUCAAUCAGAGGCUGGUAAAAGCUCGAGUUAUAGGAAGGAAGAGGAACUAAGAGCCCUGAAGCCCUGGGACCUGUUAUAGAAGAAAAGCAGCUAAAAACAGAGCACAAGAAGUCAUUCACAUGAGAUAUUCCAGCCUGACUUGAUGUAAUGAUUCACUCAUAAGAUUAGCGGAAGCUAGAUUUAACACUCACGCAAGAAAAAGGUACAUUUUUCCUGUACAGAGGUGACACUGUGUUUCGAAAGGAAAAUGUACCCAAGUGCAUCAGAGACUGAACUGUGAGGAAACAGCAGCAAUAAAAGGUCGAGCAGGAAAUGACAGGGUGUGUUUGAAUUUAUGUGCGUUGGCCAAGAAGGGAGCUUUAUCUGUCCUCUCAGCCUGUCAACGAUAAAUCGCCCACAACAGAUACCAUGGUCCCAUAUUUAUACCCACCACCAAAAUAAACACAAUACACACAUGCUUGAAAUGGAGCCAGUCACGCUGUAAAUUCAAUUGAGAUAGGUAAUUCAAAAUGUCUUAGCAGCAGUAAUGUGUUAAAACAAGACACGAAAAGGCAAAAGAAAGCUAAAAUGGAUUAAAAUACAUAAAAUGAAAUUAUUGAGAAGCUGUAGUAAAAUCUAAGGUGUCAGGAUGCUUCACAGUGCACAAGUAAAUCAGACAUGUAUUCAGGCCCAGGACCAAUUAGUUCUUUAUAGUCGAGUAAUAGGAUUUUCAAACCUAUUCUCUGACUCACAGGAUGCACUGGCAGAUUUAAGGCUCGGUACAAAGUGCUCCACUUUCUGGGUGUUGUUGAGGACUCUGGCAGCAGCAGCUGUCCAGAACAACAGUUUAGGUUGCCUAAACAAAGGCAUAAAGGAAGGUGGUAGUAAGCUUAUUUUGUAAUUGUCUUUAUGUUGACUGUUUAAGUGGAGGUCAGAGAGCAUUAAAACACCAAGAUCUUCAUGGUGCGGUUUCUAUACAACAAAAAGUUGGUAGGCUUUUAAUUUUAAUUAAAUUUUUUUUUGAUGGUUCAAAAAUCACCUUAAAUCAUAUCUAAUUGAAAAUAGUGCAAAGACAACAAACCAAUAAGUAAGCUAUCUAUGCCAUAGGUGCUUUUGCAUUUUCACACCAUCAUGGACGCUGGCUUUUUUAACUGUGCACUGAUAACAAGUCGAGUAGUCCUCUUCUCUGAAUGUCAAAUCUUUUUAUUCAGACCGCGUGGCAGUUUUACAUCUCAUCUCAGUGGAUCUUUGGCUCAGGCCCAGAGAAGUUGUAGGAUCCUGUUUAAGUAGAAGAUGAUUUUCUCUUUGCAUGUUACAGUUGUUACCACCCGAAGGCCUAAAGAUCACAUCCAUCCAGUACUAGUUUUUGGCCUUAUACAUUGAUUUUUCCAGAUUUCUGUCUUAAACGGUAUUAUGUACUCUCCCUCAGUUAUUUAAAAGUUAAUGCUGAGUAACAUUAUUCUGAAUUUGUUAAACUAUUUGCUCAAACUGUCUCUUAACGGAUGAACCCCUUCCCUUUUUUACUUUUGAGAGAUUCAGCCUCUUUGGAGUGUCUUUUUUUUAAUACCCAGUCAUGUAACUUAUCAAGUCAGGUGAUGUUUUCAGGUGUUUUCACAACUUUUUGGUGUUUUUUGUCUUUAAAUACAUAUUACUGGCCUCAUAAUAAAGUUGAGUAUGUAUUUUCAUAUAUGUCUUUUUCAAUAUUUUAUAUUUUCUUUUCACUAUUUUAAAUUGAAGGUUGGGUUUUAAUGAGUCAGAAAAUAUCUGAUGUUUGCGUUCAUUAAUAUCCUACACAGUGUCUCAACUUCUUGUUGUAGAUUAUUGGGAUAUAGAUUUAAAGUAGGAAUUAUCCUAACUUUACUUGGCAUAAAAAAGAUUCUUUUAUGUUUAAGUUGGAAUAACAAAUUAAAGAGUCCUUAAUUCUGUGAUGAUCCUGUCAUGUAGAAUAUUAUAUCAUCAGCAUACUGUGUUAAAAGUACAAUGUUUGACUGCAUUGGUUUUACAUUUACAUUUAUGCCUUUUAAUACAAAAUGAAACAAAAACAGUGUAAACUACAGUGAAAUGACAUAUUAAAGGUUAAGGUUUGCAUUUUUACUUGUGUUUUUAGCCACUGACUACAGUGCAGUACCAGCCAAGAACAUCAUGGGAGGAGCAGUAGUUGACGACGCCCCUCCUGGAGUGAAGGCACCGGACGGUGGCUGGGGUUGGGCGGUGUUGGUCGGCGGCUUCGUCAUUACUGGCUUCUCUUACGCUUUCCCAAAAGCCGUCAGUGUCUUCUUCAAGGAGCUGAUCCGAGAGUUUGAUGUUGGGUACAGUGACACCGCGUGGAUCUCGUCUAUACUGCUCGCUAUGCUGUAUGGCUCAGGUAGAUGAGAAUAACACACUCGUUUCUAUAACACAUUAGAUUAUUAAAUUCUGAAUAAUUACAGAUGAUUUCUUCACUGUGUUUUCUCAGGGCCUCUGUGCAGCGUGAUGGUGAACAGGUUUGGCUGUCGGCCGGUGAUGAUGGUUGGAGGGCUCUUUGCGUCUCUGGGAAUGAUUCUGGCUUCCUUUGCUACCAGCAUCAUCCACAUCUACCUCUGCACUGGAGUUAUUACAGGUAGAGUCAGAAUACACAUACUGACACACACAGAGGACAAGCACAGACGCAUAACAAGGACCCAUUUAUGAUUUAUGAUGACAUGCAUUUAAACUUCUCUCAAGUCUAAGGCUUAUACCCUUUUAUAAAGUAGAAAGCUACAGUGCUGAUCAGACCUCAGCUUUUAAAAUAGAAGUGUUAACCUAUCAUUUGGGAAUAAUGCUAAAGCGCUCUGAUCAGGAACAUGCAAAAGCAGUCUUACCUUAUUUUGAGCGUGGUCUAGACCCGCUCUUCUUCUUUGAAAAGCGUCUUGGGAUGUUCACUUUUAUUUUAAUCCUAUAAUGUCUUUUGUAUCAUAUUUCAUACAUACUUUUAUAUACUUCUAUCAAGUCAAUAUGAUCAACAAAUUACAAUUAGUGAUUAAUGAUAAAAAUGUCCUCUUGUAGUUGAUUAGUUUCCAAAAACAUCUAAUGUAUCAAACGAGAUAAAUAAAUAUAUUUGUAAAACUUUAAAGAAAUAUUUAUUUUUUGGUUUUCAGUAGUGAGUGAAAUAAACAUUUCAGCUCCAAAAAAAUGAGAAUUUUCUGGCCAUUAUUUGUGGUGUCAGGCAGUAAAGGGCUACAAAAGUGCUGAACGGGGCGCCAGUUGGCACGCUUGUUGUUGGUUUGAACUAUUUGCUCAAUGUCUUUCCCCAUUUUCUACUUCCCUGAUUCCCUGAUCCUUUUAAGCUGUCCUUUGACCCUUCAUGCAUGAAAAAGUAACAGAGCGGUUUUUAAAUCUUGUUUUGUUUGACAGGACAUGCAUGUGAGUUUGAGUGUGAGUUUAGGGCAAAUGCACAUCUCCAUUCAAUGUUGACUUGUUAACUUUAGAGUUCCAGUUAGACUCUCAUUACAGCCUCUGAUGAUAUUAAAUAUAUUUCUUGCAGUGGACCUCAGCAAGCAUUGAUUAAGAUUUAACUCUAAGUUUUAAGUAAGUACCAUGGUGAUCUAAACAGGUUAGAGGAGAAAGAGAGAGAGCUUUGUGACAUGGUGAAGUCUGACUUGAGGCUCAACAGACUAGCUUACCCCAUGGUGUACCACUUUUUAGGCUGUCGAAUUAAAGAUAUCCUGCAUUAGCUUCACCUUUUAGACAAAGAGCCUACAUCCACCUUUAAAAUGUAGCCUAAGGGUUUUAUUUAAAUGAUAAGUAAUGUGCAACCCAAUCCCUGAGGAACAACUGAAAAGGCAGUUAGGAUUGAAUCUUGUUCAGUUUCUGCUCAGUUCAUUCCUCCUCUCCACUCCACUCCAUCCUUUUUGGUCUUUAGACCUCUUUCUCCUUCUGUCUGUACUGAGAUAAUGAGCUAGGACCUGUAACAAGAGAAGUUUGCACUCUAGGCUUUCUGCCUAGGCGACAUGCCAUACUCGCCCCUGGAGACCAAACUGGGUUAAACCAAGUGACAGUGUGUGGGUCAGGCAUUCAGGGCAUGGAGAGGGGAUGAAUGAGGCAUCAUUCUUCCAGUUUGUCUCUCAUUAAGAUCUUUUUUUAAGCUGGUUUUUCAUAAAUGUUGAAAUCCCGAAAUUUAAAAAUGCAAAGGAUGUUUAAUUCAAGCCAUCUUCACAUAAAUCAGCAAACAUAAAUGGCUAAAAAAAGAAGACUGGUGUGUGUGUGUUUUCAAAGUGGAUAUUUCUGUGACAUUUCCCGUCUGUCUCUGCUCAGGUCUGGGUCUGGCAUUGAACUUCCAGCCGUCUCUCAUUAUGCUGAAUCGAUACUUCAAUGAGAAGCGUCCUCUGGCUAACGGCCUGGCGGCAGCAGGCAGUCCUGUGGCGCUGUGCUGCCUCUCCCCACUGGGACAGGUUCUCCAGUAUCAGUACGGCUGGAGGGGAGGCUUCCUCAUACUGGGAGGGAUGCUGCUGAACUGCUGUGCCUGUGCUGCCCUCAUGAGGCCCUUGCUGCCCCCUAAGAAACCACAGGAGCUGGAGAUGAGCGAACCAUCAGCUGCAGAGGAGAAGAAGCCCCUGCCAAAGAAGAAGCUGUUGGAUUUCUCUGUGUUCAGAGACAGGGGAUUUGUCAUUUAUACUGUCGCUGCAUCCAUUAUGGUUCUGGGCUUGUUUGUACCCCCUGUGUUUGUGGUGAACUACGCUAAAGGCCUGGGCUAUGAGGACACCAAGUCGGCGCUGCUGCUCACCAUCUUGGGAUUUGUUGACAUGUUCGCACGGCCCACAUGUGGAGUAAUAGCUGGUUUGAAGUGGGUACGGCCUCGAUGUGUCUACUUCUUCAGCUUUGCCAUCAUCUUCAACGGUUGCACGGACCUUAUUGGAUCACAGGUAACACUGCGGAGGAUCACACUCUUACCCCACAAUAAUCAGACCCUCUUAAGGGGAUUUUCAGUUAUUUAAAAACCUAAAUGAUAAUAUCUGUUGCUAUUUUGCUGCACAUACAGAAGAGCUGAAAGUGGCCCCUAAUAAGAUGAAAAAAACCCUCAGUAUUAUUACAGGUUUGACUUCUAGUCUGUUAGGUCACUCAACAUAGAAACUGCACACUUAUCCUGAUUGUAAGAGCAAUUCAGUGACAAAAAAAGAAGGGAUAUCAUCUGUUACGCCUAAAACAGGAUAACAUGGUCAGUCUUCUGCUGCAGUGUGGGGACAUAAGAAAGAAAUGGCCUGUGCUUGACUAUUAUUUGCAUAUUUAUCUGGUUUAUUAGCACUGUUGCUACUGGUAGCAAAGCAAUGAACUUCCUGGAAAGCUCUGAACUCUUGUCAGUGUGUACACAGUAAUAAAAUCCAUCCUAGGGUGGAAAAUGACAAAUGACAUUUACAGUAUGUUACUGUAAUUGAGGGUUUUUUGUGUGCGCUUGUACUUUUAUAGGAAAAACUGAACUGCUCUACAUUUUAUACAGAAUCAGCAACUGAGUAAGGUUGUACUAAAAGCAUAUUACAUUUACAUCAAAUGUGUGGAAACCUGCAAACUGGUUUAUGCUUACACUGGAAAAUACUCAACACUUAUCUCAUGAACUUGUCUCAAAUGUAGAUAAAAAUGAAACUCAGUAUACUUAAAGGAGUUACAGUGGCUCUUUUGUUUUAAGAUAUUUUCAGCCAUAUUUUUUCUCGAUAAGCUUCUUAGAAUAAGUUUUACAUCUCGCCACAAUUUAGCAGUCACUUUUGUCCAUAGCAGCUUCCGAGAGUCAGUAAAACUCAGCCAGCCAUUACUUCGGUGUGUGCAGGGAUCAUAAAGUGCAAUGCUGCAAAAAGGCACUGAUAAAAAUGUUCAAUAACUUCAUCCUGGAGUGGUGCAGAGUGGAAAUGACUUCACUAUAAGAGAUCUGUAAAGCUGGACUGAUGGUAUGAAGAGGUUCUGUCACCUGGCCUCAUGUAUAAAUCUCCUUUAUGUCCUCGCAGGCGACUGACUAUACGGGUCUGGUGAUCUUCUGUAUCUUCUUCGGAAUGUCGUACGGCAUGGUGGGGGCGCUGCAGUUUGAAGUCCUCAUGGCGAUCGUUGGGACGGAGAAGUUCUCCAGCGCCAUUGGCCUGGUGCUGCUGAUGGAGGCUAUGGCUGUGUUAGUGGGACCUCCUGGAGCAGGUAAGCACAUGAGAGGAAUGAGUGACCAACGUCUACGCAACAUCAUUCAUCUUUAACCUUAUUGCCUCUACUUCCAGUCUUUUUUUUUGAUGGGUUAAAGCGCAGAAAUAACCACUUGAUAUUUUUUCUUGGGAAGUUAAUUCGGCAACUGGCAUAGAAGGGAGACCACAUGAUUAAGAUAAACUUCAAAAAACUCAAACCCAGACACCAAAAUCUGUUUAGGUUUAAACCCAAUGUCAAACUCUUUCAGUGCCUUACUUAUCUGUUAAAAAAAAGCCAACUCGUUUUUGCUCUGAUCUGAAGUCCUUUACCCGCAGUGAACUAAUUAACUGUUAAGAUCUAUUUGUGGUUACUGAUAUGAUGUGACUUCUGAUCAUUUUCAAUCUCAGUUUGACUUAUUUCAAAGCAGCAAAUGCUUAAAAUUAUGGCACUGCCGCAGUGGUGUAUGUGGAGUUUGUUUUCUCCUCCUGACACAACGUACUUUCACAAGCUUGCCAAUGGUGGUGGCUUUAUAACUCUUGUGUAAAUAGUAGAUGACUUUUAGAGACAUAUUAUGUGAGACAACAGACAAUUUAAUUUCCUUUUGGGGAUUAAUAAAGUUCUUAUCUUCUUAUCUUAUAUACAGUAAACAAAACAAUGAGGGAAAACUCUCAAAAAGUUUAAUUAGGGCCUUUUUGAUUUCUACUUAAAAUUGGAGAAAGCGGAUAAAACAACAUUUAGCAUUAAAUGUGUCAGGAACACUGUAUGGUGAGUGAUGCAGACUGCAGCUACAUGUGAGCUGUAGUAUCCUCUGACUCAGAAAGGUCCUGUUGUUAACUAGUCCCACUCCUGACAGCAGGAGCUCUCUGGCACAAUAAGAUCCUAUUUUUCACACCUGGACCACCAGGUAACUUGGCAGCUCUUCUUCUCUCCAGAAGUUUCUCCAUUCUCCCUUAAGUCUCCCUUUACCUCUAUACCUACUAUAAUCAGUUAUAUAUUUUAUAAUCUAUCAUAUAAAAAAUUUGGACUUCAAACUUAUUUGUCAUGUCUAAUCACUAACUGCACGAUCACGCUGAAUGAUUGUUACUGGAUGUGUUUUAGAAGAAGACACGCCGCUAUUAUGUUGUUAUCGUUAACAGCUGUACAGUGUCAGUCGAGAGAUGCUGGAAACAAACAGGGAGAUUAGAGCAACUAAAAGUCAAGAGUGGAUUUAAACAGUUGUUCAGGGUAACAGUCUUAACCACAAAUCCACAAAGAGGCCCUGGUUGACUCUUUAUGAGCACAUUACCUUGUUUAAGUCACGUAAGCUUUGACGGCAUCCCAAAUCCCCUAAUUUGUUCUAUACCCACUUUUUGUGUGCUUUGCUGCUGCUGCUGAGGGUGUGGUGUGAUGACAGAACGAGGGGAUCAUCUAGCUUUCUGCUGGAGGUACCAAACAGAUUGAUCGAGGAAAAUUCCCAGAAUGCUUUUACACCUGAGGCCGUGUAACAAGAAUGUGGCUCCUGUUCUUUGCACUGACUUGAAAAUACAUGGAAGUGCUUUAGUUUGAUGUAGAUGCAGGCAGAAAAAAGCAAAUCAAAAAGUCUGUCUUUAUGAAACAAGCAGAACUUUGUGUUCAUGACAUAAUGUGAGUGUUAUUAUCUUUUUGCAUGCAUUGAACUACAAAGAGUUUCUUUGGUAAUAAUCAAAUACCGAACUAAGGUGAGGUUAUGAGGACAGAAAUGGACUCAGGUAUGCAAGUUUUAGUUAAAGAAACACAAUGUCUUACAUGUUUCUCAUUCUUGACCUUCAGCUUUAUUAAAGCCACAUCAUAUUUUGUUAUUUAAACAUUAAACAUCUCAAGUAUUACCUCCUAAAAUCUCACAAGAUACCCACCAUGAAACCGUCAACUGACUCCAUUUGAAAAUGUUAGACACAUGGCAGGUGGCUUAAGUCAUUAGCAUUAGAAAUCGCACAAGACUAAAACUCAACAAAUACUAAGAUCCGACUCUGGAUUUUAAAGUUCAAUUUUUAGAGUUUACUUGCAAACUAUCCUGAUUUGCUGUUUAAAAUGACUGCGAACUCCAAAUGUCGCACUUUUACAAUCUUUGUGAGCAGAAAACUUCUUGGUCUUACCGGUAGGCUGUAUGAACAGUCAUGGACAGCAUACCAAGAGCGCCCCCUAGUGAGUGGGUGCAGUAUAGAUCCUGCAGUUUGCUGCAAUUGCACUGAAGCUGUAGGGCUCCGAUUUAUAGCUACUACCACGCUGCUUUAAUGCUACAUCUUAAAAAAAUCUUUUUCAUUUAUUAUUAUUAUCAUUUUUCAAUAUUUAUUUUUAUUGACUGAAAGAGGACAGUGGCUGCAGCAGGAAAGAGCCGAGAGAGAGCAAGGGAUGGUAUCGAACCCGGGCUGCCUGUAUAUGUGGGGCGUGCCCUAUUAUACAAUCCUGUUUCAUAUAAUUUUGUUCCUUUUAAUAUUUAGACAAAUUAGUUUGUUAAAAUUAAAAUUUCUGUUUAAUUGAGUAGGAAGUUAGUUGUCCCGUUAUUACUAGUUACUGGCACAUUACAGCAUAGUAAUAAGGUAGUAAUAGCAGGGUAAUAAGAGUGAUAAUUAACACAUAAUAGAUGAGUAAAAUGGUAGAUGGACUUUGUUUCUACAGCGUUUUCUCUUGUCCACUUUUACAUCAGGUCACAUGCUGUGUACAGAGCCCAUCAGUUUUAACUAAUCCCAUUCACACACCACAGUGGACAGCCACACACUCGGAGUGGGUGGGGUCAAGUGUCUUGCCAAGGUCACUUCGGCAUGUGGACAGCAGGACCUGGGAUUGAACCCACUACCUUCCAGUUGAGAGAUGACCGACUCUACAGCUUAGCCAACGGGAAUCUUUAUAUAUUUUCAAAACUUCAAUUUACAUUAUUACCACUGACAUUUUACAGAACAAUAAUAGCCCAAAGUUUUAUAUCUACAAUUGUAGCUCCCAUUCUUGCAGUUUUUUUUCUUCCUUUUUUCCAAUUCUGUUCCCAAGUGGAAACCAUAUUAUACUGUAGUUUAUGAAUGCGUUGUAUUAAAACCCAGAUAACUCAGAAAUCAGAUAACGAUUGGUGUACAACUUUUUUGCUAAUGCUCCUGUGUUUCCUGCCAGGUCGCCUCUUGGACAGCACCCAUCAGUACAUGCACGUCUUCCUCUUGGCGGGCUGCGAGGUCACGCUGUCAGCCUUCGUCAUCGCUCUGGGAAACUUCUUCUGCAUCAAAAAGAAACCCCUAGAUCCGGAGGCGAAGCUGGAGAUGGCUGUGACGGCCGCAGAGAGGGAUGGACUGAACCCCGGGGUGGAGAAAGAGGAGGAAGAAGACGGAGAGGAGGGGCAGAAGGACAAAGAAAACGGGGAGGCUGGAACUGAGAGGGCGGGCGAGGACGUGGUGAUGGUGAAGGAGAAUGGGAGGAGGGAUGAUGAAGAGGAAUGCACAUCGAUAUGAAGGAUUAGAUGAGUAAUGAUGUGACUGUACACACCGGAUCUGUAGCAAAGAUCUUGAGUGAGGGGAGACAGAGUAGGGGAAGAACAAGGGGUUUAUUUUACCCUGUAAAGGAAAAUAAUAGUUUGAUGUAAGGGAAACAAAAGGCAGAGGGGUCCAUUGAGAACUGGUUUCACCUUAUUCUGUUAUAUUCAUAGACUCUACAUGAGACGUUUCCACAGCCACUGAAACAUUUCUCCUUACUGUGUGGACUUUUGUUUAGAAAACUUGUUAGUAUUUUGGCUGUUGGUAUUUUGUUUGAUUAAGGGAAAGUGGAACCAGAGCUAAUGCUGAGUUGUCGUCUAUAGCUAGUGCUAGCUUGCUGGGAAAGUACAUCCAUAAUAUGCUGCAUUACCAUAAUACUUACAGAGCUCAGAUAACAGCAAAAUAACAGAAAACUUUUAAACAAAAUACAUUUACUGUCAAAAAAAAUUGAAGAUACUGUUUUCCCAGAGGGUUUCUAAACUGGACAAGAACAUGAUGCUCAUCAUGUUGCCAAAGUAACUGUCCUUAAUCACUCAUAAAACAAGUCCUUUUCUAAAGUAAGGUUGUAUGAGGUACUCAUUAAUAUUACCAUAAUGACUGUAAUAUAAGACAACCCCAAAUAUAGUAAGACCCCUUUUUUUCAAGACUAAAGUUAAGGAAGACCUACUUUAAAGGAAAAACACAAAUUAUAUUCAGGUCAUUAUAGUAAGUCAGCUCCAAUGACUGGAGGACUAGCUUGAAGCUAGGACCACCACCAACCAACAGGGUCAACUUUGCUCAGAACAGCACCUAACUUCAUUAACAGUAUAUACAGGGUCCCAGCCAUAGUACUAGCCACCAAACAUCUUUUUAACUUUGCCUAAUUAUUUUUAGCAAAGAGACUAAACAAAACUCACCUACUCUCUUCCAGUAGCCGCUUGUUUGUAGCGAGACCUCAGGCCAGUCCAUUACGGACUGCUGUGGGGUUACGCAGCUCAAGGAAGAACAUUUAAGUUAGGUGCUGUUCUGAGCACUAUUUGUGGCUAUAGAGUGGUGUUUUGGUUUGUUUAUGGCUCCUCAGACGGCUGUGUAUUGUUAUCCUGCGGUCGUUAUUCAAGUUGGUAUAACUAGAGAAGCAAGCGGUCGGCAACAUUCAUCUCUCGAGGGGGUGUCUAACUCAGUGUUAGUGUGUUUGACACCAAAUUAUUUUGCGCCGGAAUAUCCCUUUAAGCCGUGAUUGAGCAGGUUUCUCAUGCCAACAUACUAUUCACACUGCUGAUCAUGCGGCCUAUGUGUCACCAUGCUUCAGUAAAUCAGAUUUACAAAAACUUAAUUUGACACCAGAGUUAUAUAUAGUCUCUCUGGUUUCUGAACUGAAAGUGUUUCCUGAGGCUGGGAACUAUUGUUUCUCAUCCAAGGGGCUGAGCUGAUCGGCAACUCCCUAAUGUCAGACAGUACUAAGAGUACCUGAUACAACCCCACUUAGAAUCAAGAAAUAAAUAAGAUGUUGCCUUAUCGUCUCACUAAAACUUGGAAAUAGAGAUUGAGACUCUAAACUUAUUAGCAAAAGAGUAAUACUUCAGGUAAGAAAAUGGCGAAUUUCCUCACAAACUUCCAUAAAAUGCAACUCCUUUUCGCAACUUAGACGCCCAGAAAGACAAACAGCAGGUUUCAGUUUAUCACUUUUCCGACUGAGAGGGUACUUUCACUUCUUAUAUACAGUCUAUGAUUAUAACUGUGACAUAUUGUUGGUGUAUAUUACUGUAAUCUUGGCGUAUUUGAAAAGGUAAAGGUAUGAUCUAGAUGCUGCAGUCAUUGUUAUGUGUUACAUUACUGGCGACAAAUACCAGCUUCCUUAGUAAGAUACUUCUACUGCCUAGAACAAAAACACAGGUUUUUUCAGUUUUGUGCACUUUUAAGCAUUGUUUUUAUCAUGCAGACCCUUUUUCAGAGUCCUUUCUUUAGGACUGAAGCUUCUUGGCAAUCCAAAGUCUUAAAAAGUUGGUACGCUUUAUGAAAUGUGCAUAAAACCAGAUUUUGAUGGUUGGCAAAUCAUUUAAACCCUCUCAACAGUUUGUUGUAUUUUUUUGUUUUAUUAUACGCCAAGUUUUUUUUUAGUGUGUGUCAGUUUAGCACCAGGACUCCUCCACCACUGAGCCACACUGUUGGAAAGAGUGCAGAAUGCGGUUCAGUAUUGUCUUACUGGAAUAUAUGCGGUCUUCCCUAAGCAAGGCACUGUCUGUAUGGCAGCAUAAUGUUGCUCCAAAAGCAGUAUGUAUAAUCCAGCAUUAAUGGUGCCUUGCUAGCUGCCCCCAUCAUGGGCCUUCAUUCAUCCCGAUACAAUCCGGUAUGCUGGAUUUGAACUAGGCUAGUGGUCCCACUCCACUUUGGAGCAGAGCAAGUCCAUGACUCAACAGUUUUCUUCUUGGCCUCCGUUUAAGCAGGAUGACACUUUUUACGUGUUUUUUUUGUACCUUUCCGAACUUUUUACGGAUGUGGCGCCAGCAUCAUUAUUAAGAUUUUAAUUUAAAAAAGACAGUUUAAGCAUUUCAUAUGUUGCCUGAAUUCAUUUCGAGUAACUAUUGGGUUUACAGAUCUGAAAAUCAUCAAAUUUUAGUUUUAUUAACAUUUUAAACAGCAUCCAAACUUUUCAGAAUUGGGGUUGUUGUGUGUCUUUCCCAGAACGAUUUCAAACAAUCUGACUAACAAAAAAUUUCACUCCAGGUCUACAAACUCCUAAAGAUCAUCUCCCAACACUCCCCUGAUAAUACAUGAUGAAAUCUUGGAGUUUGUGGAUCUUGAGUUUAGCACACACUGUCAGACUGUUACCCCAAAUCUCAGACGACUGAUUACAUUAAUGCCUCUGUUAAUGUUACGGUUAUUUGAUGCACUUUUCUCAACUUAUAACACAUUUUUAUUUAUUAUUAUUUAAUGUGACAAAAAAUGACAACCUUGUGCAAGAAGUGGCUUCAAAAUUGAGAUACUUGAUAUUUAAGGUGGCCUCAUCUUCCUGGAAACUAUAUGGCUAUUGUCAAGCCAGAGUUAAAAAAAAAAUAUAUAUAUGUAUUUUGCACUAAAGGACAAAUUCUCAAGUGGUCAUGAUAAAAUCAAAUGAUUUUGGGUUAUGGUUUUCAGAAGAUUUUUCCUACUAUUUUGACCUUAUGCUUGGAUUUAAGAUUUGAUUUUAGACAUUUGGCCCUUGAAUGCCAUUGUUAAAAAUUAGCCUUUUCUAGAGUUGCUAUGUUCUUAAAAAGGUUUCUUCUACUUUAUGUUUUUUUAUCAGGGCUAUAAAAGAUGUUUUUAACUUCACUUGUAGCUGAAAAUGGUUGCAACAUUUUCAUACUUGAAUGCCUUGAUUAUGUUUUGUUUUCUCCUCGUUCACCAGCACGUUUUAGAACUACCUUUUCAAAAAUGAACUACUGUAUUUAUUUUUCUCUAACAUGCGGUUCACUCACUGCUGAAAUCAAAGAGGUGUUUCCGUUUUGUUUGUCCCAUGAUUGCUGUGUGCUUCUUCAGCCAGACUUUAUCCAAUUGAACUGAUGAAUGUGUGGGGACACUGGAUUAAACUUUUGUUAAUCUGGCUGCUGUGUAUGCUCAUCUGAUGAAAGUAUUACAUGUCCCGUGUUGUUGUUGUUACUGCUCUGUGAAAGUCUGCCUCAUGUUGUUGCAUUGAGAUCUGCUGUUCAUUUUUAGCAUGCUGCAGAGUGCUGUGAUAUACUUUAUGCUGUACUCUAUGCCUUCUGUGUGACUGUUUGACCUCCACAGACCAAUAGCAGAGCAAGAGCCACUUGUUUGGGUGAAGAAAUGUAACUGAUAUUUUUAUUUGUGUGAUAUUUAACACAACACAGGCAUAUGAUGCUUGUUUUUCCCAAAUAAAGAUAUUUCCUGUUGAGAAAGACGAACAAACAA